AUGCCGUGCGGCCCUAAUAGGCAUUCUGACCUUGACCGGGGGGGUUUUGCGAUACAAAGAGAGAGAACAAAGGGCGUUGCAAUGAUCUACAACACCUCCUCAACGGCCAACGAACUCGCAUCCCAGAUCGCCUCAGAGAACAAGAUAACCUGCCGCGCGUACCAAGCGAAUGUCACUUCCAAGGAAGAAAUCACGUCUACCAUCAACAGAAUAAAAUCUGAUUUUGGCAAGCUCGACAUCGUCGUUGCGAACUCAGGAAUCGCGUCAUCUGUCUCAGCUGAGGAGUAUACUGUCGAGCAAUGGCGCCAGAUCAUGGACGUCAACCUCGACGGCGCGUUCUGGACGGCUCAGGCAGCGGCGAAUAUCUUCAAGGAACAAGGGUCCGGAAAGGGCAGUAUUGUGUUUACAGCGAGUGUGAGCGCAAGUCUGGUGAAUGUGCCGCAGAAGCAGGCUGCUGUAUGGGCCCUCCUUAUUCCCUUCUAUAACGCUUCCAAAGCCGCCGUGGUCCAACUGGCAAAAUGCCUUUCUGUCGAGUGGGUCGAUUAUUGCCGAGUCAACUGUAUAUCGCCAGGUUUCAUCGCCACAGAGAUACUCGACCACCAUCCGAAGGAGUGGAGGGAGAAGUGGUACGAUAUGAUCCCUGCUAAGCGAAUGGCGCAGGCGUAUGAGCUGAAGGGGGCGUACGUAUUUGCAGCGUCUGAUGCGUCGAGUUAUAUGACUGGUGCGGAUAUCAUCAUAGAUGGCGGGUAUAAUCUUCCUUAG